AGAAAGAGAAAGUACAAGUGAAGUGAAGACACUGCCCUCUCCUCAUCUAGGGUGUGGAUUAUAUACUUUAUGAAUUGAAGUUCAAAUGGGAGGCAGAACAACAAUUACAAACCAAAACAAAAUACAAGCAAUAGAUUGUACAUAUAGUGUAUGCAUAUAUAAGGGUCAUAUACAAAUUCUGGCCCAGAGUAUAACUUUCAUCCAUUAAAAUUAACAGAAACCUACAAAAAUAAUAUCCAAAAUUGCAGUAGAUCAAUGUUUCUGAUAUUUUUUCUUUGAAGAAUGUCCCCACUUAUAAAAGUUAUGGAAGACCCAGAAAGACCUUAGAUAUCAAUUGAAAAUGUUUUUCAUGGGGGGGAAAAACCCUAUAUGUUUUAACAAAUAAAAAUGAUGAGCAGAGUCGCAUUGUUUAAUAUUUUUACAAAUGAUUUUUCAGUUUUUAUUUCAUGAAGCCAUGAGAAAGUCUUGGACAUAGUAGUUUAGUAAUGCAUUAAUAUCAAUAUAUAAACAAAUGAUUUAGCAGAUAGAUUGGAACUAUGUUAGAAUCCUACAGUAACAGACCCAAAGGUGUUUUCUUUCCAAAGGCAACUGGACGCUCUUGUCUUUUGAAAGAAAGCAUCUUUAUGACAAACAUGACCUGGACAACUGAGAGUCUCCAUAGACAUACAGUAAUAGACUACUCACAUGUCUGAGAAAGAUCUCCAGAAAAUAUGCUUAUAUUUCUUCAUUAAAAUUAACUGAUUGACAUUUUUUCACUUUUCAGAUAAAGCCAACAGUGCUCAAGACCAGAAUGAUGACAUCCAACAUUCUAGUAGAAAUGUUAGCGUUUUCUACGAAACUACUAUGAGUUGGACUUUAUUCCCAGGAUCUAUACCUUCUGAAGCUGUGCCUUACUGGAAUAGUUAUGCUGGCAGAUGGGAAUAUCCUUGCAUUGAACAAAACUGUGCUGCUGGCUACUACAGUCCCAGCCAGGGUCCUUACUGCUAUUACCCAUUCGGAAACAAAGAAUAUUCCACUUCUGAGUUCUGGAUUUUGGUGAAUGGACAUGACUUUGAAUCCCUAAGCUGGAAAGCGGGUUCAUGGGGUAAGGUCCCACCCAACUCCAUCAACACAUGUGCAGGUAUAAAUUUAUAUGUUGGUAAAAAUAAGUAUGGAUUAGGGAAGGUAGAUAGUAAAAACCAAGCUUUCUUCCUUGGCUGGAAUGGUAAGGAGUACUAUUAUAAAUACUAUGAUGUCCUGACCAUUAAUAAAGACUAUCGCUCACAGAGCAUCUCCAAUGUCAAGUACUUUCUAGACCAUGGAUCAUUCACUGAAUCAGGCAUAUCCAUAGUCUCUAGCAAAGUUACCAACUAUGAUUGUAGGACAGUGAAGAAGUCAACCACCUUAUCAGGAACAGUGACCUCUGAACAUAGCUGGGAUGUUGGCAUGUCCAUGUCUCAGGGCAUAGGCUUUACAAUGACAGCAGGGAUACCUGAAGUCUUAGGAAUAUCCUGGGGCAUUUCAUCAGAGAAAACAUUCAACUGGACUAAAGGUUACACACGGAGUGAAUCAAUCAUUUACUCUGACACAGUUGAAGUUGAAGUCCCACCCAACCACCACUGUGAACUGGAAAUGGGUGGCAUGAAAAUGAGAGCAAAUAUUCCCUUCAAUGCCACUGCUACUCGUUACUAUCAUAGCGGAGCAACCCGAAUUGCCCCCAUCCAAGGUACCAGUCACAAUGCAGUUGUGGCUCAAGUACGAACAGUGGUCAAGAGGUGUGAACCUAUCCCAGAUGCACUUCCAUGUAGUACACAAAUCCCAGAAGUGAUCUUCUAGCCAGGUUAAUGAUUGGGUUCUCAUACAUGCUCAACCUAGUUCAUGAAAUAAUCUAAUUCAUGGAUUCUCUCACUACAUUGAAUUUAUCAAAUGACUGGGCUUGUUCAACAUAUUAGCCAUUAAUUUUUUUUAAUUAAAAUCAAGAAUCGCAUUUUAUAUGAAUGCAGCCACUUAAGUCUUUAUAACUACGGCUGACAUUCUGAAUAAACUAUACUAGAGGAAGGUAAUACUGGAAUUAAUAACCAUCACAGUUCCACUACAACAUGAAGCUAUUUUCUUUUUGUGUUCAGUGUACAUUUUCUACUCUUUAUUUGUCCUCCUUUUCCAACGGUUGAUUUUAUGUUGAACUUUCUUUUCAUUUCUAGUGCAAUACUGCUUCUGUACAAAAGUAACAUUAAAAAUAUUCAAAAAUGGUUUAAAGCUCUUCUUAAGUGUGGCUUCUUAAUGACUUCUUUCAACUUUACAAUUGGAUUUUGCAAAAAUGGUAGACUGAGUUACACAGAAGCCAGUUUGUGACCCAGUUUUAGAGGAUCUAAACAUGUGACCACAUCUGUGCUCCCUGAUUGGGCAGUGGGUAUUUUGCCCGGGAAAUUGUUUGUUGCUUCGCACUCACUGAAUCCCUGUCAGCACUAGCAGAAGCAGCUUUGUACCAGCAGCAUGGGUUAGAGGAAUUAA